UCAAUCAAUAAAAAUAAAUAAUUUAGUUAAAAAUUUUGGAUAGCAAGCCAAUUUUUAAAGAUUUGAUAUCAUUUAUUACUUUUGUAAUAAUAUUAUUAUUAUUUGUUUCGAGCAUUGCAGAACUAGAAAAGUGUUUGUCCUUGACUCAACAUGGCGACCAAUAGAUUAGUACAACAAGGAGUCAAACAAGUAAAACCAUUGCUAUCAGUUGAUCGAACUGAAGCAAGAAGGAGAGUGUUAAAUCUUUACAAAGCUUGGUAUAGGCAAAUUCCCUAUGCUCGUAAUAAUUUUUAAUAUUCAUACUUAUGCUUUACACUCAAAACUACCUACAAUAAGUUGAUGAAUUAAUUAAAAAAUUUUUUAAAAUGAACUCAAUGUUGACAAUGUCAAUAUUAUUUUGUUUGUUUAUCAUUCAUAGGACAAUAUGUGUGUCCAUAAUUCUUCAACAUAUAUAAGUGCCGCUCAUGCUUAACCAUAUACAGAUGAGGCAAUUACUUUAUUGGUAAUCUACCACUUGAGCGUCGGCCAAGAAAAAAUCCAGUUUUUCCGAUUGGAAGGGCUAUGUAAACAACUAUUCUUACAUUGGAGUCUAUAAAUAUUUUUGCUUCUGUAUAGAGGCUAUAAAGUUAUAUAGCACAAUACUAAUACAUAUAAAUACUUAUUACUGCCAAGCUACCGAUAUGCCAGGAAGAAAAAGAGACAAUUAUUUUUUUUAUCCAUAUGAUUAGGGAUAACAAUACUUGUCCACGCACCGUUCUGUGCAUGUCCUAAAAUGUCGAAAAAACGUGUUCUGCAAUAUGGCAUACAGCAACACGGUAUCAUUGGAAAAUUGCAGACUACGUCACCUUUGUUUAUUAAAUAAUUGCUUUCCUCAUCACUGACGUAUCAGUUUUUGUGUUCCGGUCAUAUAUUGAUUUAUGCUACAAUAUUUUUUUUGCAUCACGGGCAGUAUUAUUAUGAUGAAUCGGUUAGUAUAUAAAUCGCAUAAAUACUUUUUUACUAGUAAAGCCACCAAAAUAAGGUUAAGUGCUCCCUAAUCUACAUUCAUUGUAAGAGUUUUUUUCAUUUUUUGAGUUAUUAUCGUUGAGCUCUCGAUAAAAAGUUAUGCAACCCGCGAAUAAGUGGGGGUAUGAAAUUAUCAUAAUUUUUUUAUUUUGAUCGAGAAGCGGAAAUGGCUGCUAUCACUGUUAUUCGUUAAUGUUAAAUCCUUAAACAUCUAAAUAAUUAUAAGACGUUUAAAAUGAAUCAUUUUAAGAAAAGAUUAUAAGCAAACUUGAAAAGUUUAUGUAGUAACCAAGGGUUGGUUUUAAGUUUUAUUUAUUACGUUAAAAAUUGUGUAGGGUACCGGUACACAGUUUAUAGUCCAUUCAUUAUUGAAUCAAUAUUUAAUAGUUUUACAAUAGUAAUAUCGAUAAUAAUAAUCGCUUUUCUCUUAUUAAUUAUUUCAGAGAAUAAUACUAAAAUUAGGCCUACUUAUCAUUAUCAGUUAUAAUUAUAAUUAUAAACAACUGUUAUUAUAAUCCUAUAAUAGUCUAUUUAGGCCUAAGCUUAAUUUUUCUUACUAAUUCUAUUACAAGCCAAUAAGUUCUAUAUAUAAAAGUUUUAUUAAAAUACAUCAAAUUAAUAAACAAGACUCAAACAACAUCAUCAUAGCAAUUAUAUUUUUAUUAGGACAUAGAAAAGCAGUACAUAGACAAUUAUUUAAUAUAUAAAAUCAUUUUUUUAAGUGAAUUAGUCUCAUCAUUAUCAUAUUAUCAUCAUGGAUGAUUUUUGAGUAAUUUUUAUCUAUAAUUACAUGCUUUCAAUUUUAUAAAUAAAAAAGACUACUUACCUUUUUAUAAAUAUAAUAAUUGAUUUAAAAUUAACGCAAGCAUAAUAAAAUUAGUUAAAAUUCAAUAAAUAAUAAUAAAUAUGGACAUAUGGUGGGUUUUUUUUUUUCGUUUUUUCCUGUAUAAAUAUUGAUUUUCCCAAUUUUUCUGUUCACUUUUUUCUGAACAUACCCACAAAUAAAUUUAUAAAAAAAUAAAACUCUUAAUGUUAUAUAAAAGUUUUGUUGUUUAUUAUACUGUAGAUUGCAUUGAGAAUGUCUCCUGAAAAUUUGGUAGCAUUAUCUUUUAAAAUCAAAAAGUUUUGGUUAAAAUAAGGCAGAAAUUUUGAAAGUGGGUCACAUGUUUUUUCAGUUUAAUAGUAAGAUAAAGAAGGGGGUGUUUAAAAAUCACCAAAAAAAUCAUAACUCCACUUCUAUAAAAGAUAGAAAGAUGAAAUUGGUGUUGUUGUAAAGCUUAUAGCUUGCCCUUUAAAAUGAUGUAUCAUUCAUGGCAAUUUGACAAUACUUAAAUGUUGUGUCAAAGUACCUAAUAUGAUGCGGAUGUCCACACACAGAAUGUGGAAAACGUGAAUGCUCAGAAAGCAUAAACUGAAAAGACAGUUUGGCACAAGAAGCGCCGGUGAUCUUUCCCCUUCACAUUUACGUGGAUUCAUGUACCACAACCGUUUUCGUGGAAAUUAUAUUUUUUUUAAACUUCAUUGUCAACUUGGGGGAUAACUAGAGUCUAUGCAUAAUUCCAUUUUCACACAUUAUCUUCUAUUUCAAAAAAAUUGUUAUAGUUUUUCUAUUUUAAAAAAAAUUGUCUAUUAUAAUGGGAAUGAAUAAGUACAACCAAUGUCAUUAAAAAUAAUAUAAGAAUAGUUGUUUAAAUAGCCCUUCCAACCUGAACAGCUGGAUUUUUUCUUGGCCGACGCUCAAGUGGUAGAUUACCACUUUAUUUACCAUGCCAUUAUACCACAUACCACAUUCCUUGUUAAAAAAAGAGUCUUAAUUUAAUAUAUUUAUAUUAUUAUAUUGAAAUUAUAAGUUAUUAUUUAUUAUUAACUUUAAAAUUAUAAAUUGUAAGGCUGAGGCUAUUAGGGCCCGGGAAUCAGAAGUGAGAGGUUGGGUUUAUUAAAAAAUACCAAAAAUAUUAGUAGGGUUUGUAAGACUAUAUGUUUGUAAACUUACUUCUUCUUCAGUUUAACUAAAAUAAACUACGCAGGGGCCAUAGGCAUAGCCGCUAUUCGGACCCAGGUCCCUUUAGACUCUAUUCUAUUUGGAUGUCAUUUGUGGUAGUUUAAAAACAUAGUCAAUUCCAUUAUCUUUCAUUUGAUUCAAAAUUUCGUCUUACAAACCCAACAAUUAAUAUUUUUAGGAAAUGAGUAAAACAAAUUAAGGUCAACCCUGGAAAAAAAAGAACACAACAAAACAACAUCGUUGUCAUGUUGUGUUCCUUUUUUUUUUGGUUUGACCUUGAUUUGUUUUACUCAUUUCCUAUUUUGCUAACCUGAUUGCAGGCUUUCCCCUAUAACCCAAUAUUUUCUUUUUAAUCCCAACCGCUCACUUCUAAUACCUGGGUCGGAAUAGCCACAUCGAUAUUAUAAUAUAUAUACCCUGAAUCUGUUGUUGUCUUUGAUGUUUGUAGGCCUUGGCUUAAGGCCAGCACUAUGCCAGUAAAUUUCAGUAAUGGUUGGAGGCCAGGGGUCCCCGAAUUGGGAUAAUUUGCUUCAAAUGGGUUUAAAAUGAAAAUCUUGAGGGUAAUUUCAACUCAGUAGACACAUAUAAAAUUAUAUUAUUAGGGCAUUUAUUAUUUUAAAAAAAAAAUUUCUCGAAACAUUGCCUCUGGUCAGUGUUAUAGAGCUACAUUGAUGUACCCAACAUGUUGUGGUUACUAGUUGCUCUGCAGUUAGUGUAACUACACAUCUUGUAUUUGUAUGCAACAUUUUGACUUCAGUCGCCUAUUUUAUCUUAAGCUCAGACGGAGCCUCGGUAGUAUCAAUUAUUAUUAUUAUAAAGUUUAUUUCAAAAACACGCUUCAUCCCCAAAGGCUCGAUAGGGAUUGGUGUAACAAUGUAAGGUAAACUCACUGUGAUUUCCCCAUGGUCUUCCUCUGAGUCUGCCUGCUCUCGUACAUCCUGGUCUGGUUGCAACCUGCUCUGGAACAACCUACUCUGAUUGUACUGUCAUGUGGAACAUAUUCUUUUAGCGCCCUGCACUGGCAGAAACCUAUUCUUGUAUUUAGCUUAGAUCUUUUUAUUUUUUUAAAAAGUUGUUGCACUCAUUGCAGAUGGUAAUGGGUUUUAAAAAUAUUCUAAUAGAUUUACUAUUUUCAGACUAAAAUUAAGUAUAACAAACACAUAUCUCUAGUAAAUUUAUUUAUUUGAAUGACAAAAUCAUAUUACAAAAAAAAUAGCAACUCUGUUAAACCAAAUAAAAUUUCCUUUCUUUGUUAAUCAGUUUUGAAGGAAUCUAAUAUUUCUACAAAGAUCAAUAAAAAAUAUAAUAAUUAUUUAGAAUUAGAUGUAUAACAAUUGUAAAAAAAAGAAAACGUACAUCCAUUAUUUAUUUAAUUUCAGUUAAAGCAUUUAAUAUCCCUGUGAGCGUGAAACGAGCACAGGAUAAACUAAGGGAGCUGUUUUUGAAAAACAAACAUGUAACAGAUAUUCGGGCCAUAGACAUGCUUGUGAUCAAGGUAAGAAAAUAGAGGAGAUUCUGUUUUAAAAAAAAGCGUUUAAAUAUUUUCCAGACUUCUGGGAAAAUAAAUAAAACAUGUCUGGUCUGGUCGCAGAAUGUAAUAUUUUUUUUAUUUUAUAUCAUAACCUAAAUAUUAAUAUGAUCAGUGCUGUCAGAUGUUAACCCUCAAAGUCUCAACUCCAUUUGCUCCAUGCUAUUAUGGAAAUUUAGAAAACUUUGACAGGUUCCAAUGAAAUUGAAACAACUGUCCUAAUAAGAAAAUAUAUUUGGAAAAUGUAUUUGAGAAAAAUUCAAGUAGUACAAAAUUGUUACCGGUAUACUUUAGCUUCAUGUUUAGAUCUAUAUCUUUAAAUGAAGAUAGAAAUUUGGUGGCAUUUUUUGUGUGACUCACCCACACAAACUCUUGCUUUUGGUUCAGUAGCUCUCCUCAUACUGUUAAGAAACUUUACAACACAAUAUUAAGAGAGAAAAACUUUAGUAGUGUACCGUUUGUGAUAAAUUAUUUUUUAAAAAUUAUUUAUUAUAGAGUUAUGACCUGUUCCUCUUUUUGGUCGAGCCUAUCAUUAAAACAAUGUCUAGAGGUUUUUAGUUUUAUUUCAGAUUUAAAUCACAACUGAUAGCUGUUGUAUUCCCUAGCAAAGAUUUCACGACUGUACAAAUAUGGACUCCAUCUCAGCAUGACAGUAAUCCAUUAGAUCCCUUACUGGCCUUACAUCCAAUGCCUAGAGAAUUUGAUGUGUAAUUUAUGCAAAUAAAGUUAUGUGUGUAUUGAGCACACAUUUUUUCUGUAAUUCUGCUUUCUAAAAGUAAUUAAUUUUUUUUUUUUUUUUUUCUGUCCAGCAACAGUGAUUGUUGUAAUUUUUUUUAAAAAAAUAAAAAAAUUUUUUUGAUUGUUUUAUGUGUAAUUUAUGCAAAUAAAGUUAUGUGUGUAUUGAGCACACAUUUUUUCUGUAAUUCUGCUUUCUAAAAGUAAUUAAUUUUUUUUUUUUUUUUUCUGUCCAGCAACAGUGAUUGUUGUAAUUAUUAUUAAAAAAAUAAAAAAAUUUUUAUGAUUGUUUCAGGGUCAGAUGGAUUUGGUUGAAACUGCAAACAUAUGGAAGCAACGCACUCAUAUAAUGAUGUUCUUUAAGGAUACUGUCAACCCUAAACCAACAGAUUUCUUAUCCAAAUUUUAUGAAGGUCAAGAUUAGACAUCUCAAAGGGUUGAAGAUGUCGUAGUGAUAGCCUCCCUUGUAAGACACUGGUCUUGUGUAUGGUACCCCUAAGUACCAGGCAGACAUAACAUUCAAAUUCAAUUGAUGACUACUACAUCCUCUGUAUGUACUUUAUUCUCAAGACUAUAGAUGAUAUAUUGAAAUGUUAAGAGGAGGAUUACUUUGAGUGAAUGUUUCAUGAGUUGUUUAACAAAUGUGUAGAUGUUAGAUGUCGGCUGCCAGCUCAGAUUUAUCAUUUUGACUGUUUUUAUGGUUGAAUAAAAGUAAAAGCUUUUGAUCUAUUGCAUCAUUUGGUUUUAUUGAACAAUGUUUAAAAUAGUUCUUGUUCUUCUCUUAAAUUGGCUUAACAUUAGAAUCUGCACCGAGUCAUAUUUAUUUUACUAUAGCCUUUUACCGCUAUACGUUUUCAUAUAACUUAAAAUAAAAUAAAACUUCAAACAUAAAAGUUUAAACUAUUAAUGUGAAGAUAACCUAAAGCGUAUAUAUUACGUGUUUUAUAAGUAGACAUAAAUGUAUCAAAUGUUUAAAAUAAUUUUAAAAUGAAAUUAGAAGCGAUAUAUGAUUUAAUUUUUUUUUAAAUUUGAGUAAAACUUACCUCCCAGUACUUGAAUUACAAAUUAUAGCACAAUAUUGACAGUCGUUUUUGAAAGUUUUGUUAUUGAAUAUAAAAUUGUAAUAUAUCAAAUUUAUUAAUAAACUUACUUUUAGUUGGGCCAAUUUUUUAGAUAUUAAGUCUAUACAAUAGCUAAUCUAAUGUGGUAAUAAGGAAGUAAUUCACCAUUACAUAUGCAAAAAUAUUAAAUCAAAGAUUUAUCUCAACGCUUGUUUUGAUUAGAGGUUUAAAAAAAAAUUUAAUAGAAUAAAUUAAGUAUAUUUAUCAAGAACAAAACA